ACACAGUACACUAUCGAUUCACCACCAUCCAAAUAUUCCAAUACCCAGAGAGUAACGAGCUCGAAAUCCUGGCUUGGGCUCCCACAAUCCAGCAUAUCCAACACAUCAGCUUUGCGACACCAUUGAACAUCGUUUCCAGCCUGCGACCAUGCCCACUCAACCCCCACUACCGCACCUCCUCGCACCAUAUGUAUCGUCGCUGCCCGAGUCGUCUCUCACCGUCUUAUCCUCCGUUCUAGGGGCGACAGGGAAUUGGCUGGUCUUGCGCUUCCUCUAUGCGGCACUGAGCGCAUCGUCUGGUGCACAUGCAUCCGUGGGCGCCGAUGGUGGGAAGAAGAAAAAAGUCGUGUUUGUGAGUUUCCUGCGGGGUUGGGAGUUUUGGAGGAGCGAGGCGAAAAGAUUGGGUCUGGAUCUUGCGCGACUCUCAGACAAGGGCCAAUUUGCUUUCGUUGAUGGCCUCUCCGAACUUUUCUACGCUCCCGCAACAACGACAACCCCCGCCGCACCAGUCGCACAGCCUGGUGCUCUCCCUCCACGGACAGUCCUCCCCGUUCGAUCACAGCCCGGUGCUGUUCCGGGUCGAUCACCGCAGCCUGCUGCACCAAUAAGCAAUGGCAGUUUGAACAGACCUUCAACUGGAAUAGGCCCCGCGAAGCACCUGCAUUUCUCAGGUCGAGGAACUGCGGCUCUCGAUGCAUUAGAGAAGGAUAUCGCAGCUGUCAUCCAGCAAGUCAAGAAUACAAAGGGAAGCGAUGAAGAGGACUCCGAGAUACUGUUGAUAGUCGAUCAACCGGAUCUACUACUCGCGGCAACUGGACCGAGUAAAGGCAUCGGCGCCACGGAAAUGGGAGACUGGAUUAUGGGAUUACAACAGAACGUGUCUUCAACACUGUUGACUCUUUCCUCCGAUUCCCCCCUCAUACAUAAUACACCGGCACUUUCGCAUUACCAGGCAACCCCGUUGGAAACAGAACAUGCUGCAUUUGCGGUCGGAUCGGCUCAUCGGGCUGAAAGGGUGAUGCAGCUUCGAAACCUAGAAACCGGUGCUGCGAGAGAUGUUAGUGGUGUGCUGAGGAUCAGUAAAGGUGGCGCUUGGGGCGGAAGUCAUGAUAAUGGCGAGGGUAGCUGGGAGGAAAAAGAAGUAUUAUACUUCAUUCAGCGAGAUGGAGGUGUUAGUGUUUUCGGAAGAGGGGAGUAAAAAUUUUCGGGCUUGUAGAUAUUCAGUCCAUUCCUUCAAAACAAUGGCGUUGGAAGGCGCAAUGGGAUAGAUAGAAUAGAAUGGGCCCACGGGCCAGCCGUGGCCUGGAAAAUAUAACGAACUUGUCGAU